AUGGCAACGAAAGGGUUUGUGGUGUAUUUGAUAACGGGUUUCUCUCUGGCAGUUCUUCUGUCUGUCUACUUUGUCAACAAACAUUCCAUUAAUGGCGGAUAUACCCAACCACAAAAACUGCUUCUUUCAUCUCAAAAACUGCUUUCAUCUCCGGCCCCAAAGAUUUUUCAAAAUUUUUCAGGGUCUGAUCCCAAAGUCUGGCCGGAUUUGACGUUCAAUUGGAGAAUCGUAUUGGCAACUGUAAUAGGAUUCUUGGGUUCAGCUUGUGGAACUGUGGGUGGUGUUGGGGGAGGAGGCAUUUUUGUCCCUAUGCUUACUUUGAUUGUUGGGUUUGAUACCAAAUCUGCAGCUGCCAUUUCAAAAUGUAUGAUAAUGGGAGCAUCAGCAUCAUCAGUUUGGUACAACUUGAGGGUUCCUCAUCCAUGCAGACAAGUACCAAUAAUUGACUAUGAUUUGGCACUUCUGUUCCAGCCCAUGCUCAUGCUUGGCAUUACACUUGGUGUGUCUCUCAGUGUUGUCUUCCCCUUUUGGCUCAUCACUAUCUUAAUCAUUGUUCUCUUCCUGGGGACUUCAUCAAGGUCCUUCUUUAAGGGGAUUCAGAUGUGGAAAGAAGAGACUACUUUGGAGAAAGCAUUGGCAGAACAACAAAAAACUUUUGUCAAUUCUCAUGGGGAACUUCUAAUUGAUACUGUGUAUGAGCCACUGCUUCCCAAAGAGGAGAAAACAGUAUUGCAAAUUGUGAGGGGCAACCUUAAUGUAAAGAGAAUUCUGGUGCUAAUGCUUGUAUGGAUUUUGUUUUUGCUUCUUCAAAUCUUCAAGAAUAAUUUGAAGGCUUGCAUUCCAUUGUACUGGGUACUCAACUUGUUACAGUUGCCAGUUGCUCUUGCAGUUUUUGGGUAUGAAUGUGUUAAAUUGUACAAGGAAAGCAAGAAAAGGAGGAAAGCAGGGAAUCUAGAAUCAAUAUGUGAGGCUGCAAUUGAAUGGACAGGAACAAAUCUUGCAUUUUGUGCCGUUUGUGGCAUCUUAGGAGGCACUGUUGGGGGCUUGUUAGGUUCUGGUGGUGGUUUCAUACUUGGUCCCCUACUCCUUGAAAUUGGUGUCAUCCCUCAGGUAGCGAGUGCAACAGCAACAUUUGUGAUGAUGUUUUCAUCAUCAUUAUCUGUGGUGGAGUUUUAUCUCCUCAAGAGGUUUCCAAUUCCCUAUGCUUUAUACCUCAUGACUGUGUCUAUUUUGGCUGGUUUCUGGGGACAAUUCUUAAUAAGAAAACUCGUCACAAUUCUAAAGAGGGCUUCAAUCAUCGUGUUCAUACUGUCUGGUGUUAUUUUUGCCAGUGCUUUAACGAUGGGAGUAAUUGGAACAGAGAAAAGCAUCAGAAUGAUAAACAAUCAUGAAUUCAUGGGAUUUUUGGAUUUUUGCAGCAGUCAAUAA